UGGUUACAUUUUACCCCAGUCAAGUUCUCUGUCAUUCUGCCUCCAAAUGGACAAUUCAGUAGCUCCCGUCACCACUCAAAAAGGCCGUGAAGACGCCGACACAAUCUCGAUCGCCCAUCACAAUCCCUCCAAGGGUGGUUGGGCUGCUGCCAUUUUCAUCAUCUUCGUCGAGAUGGCUGAGCGCUUCGCCUACUACGGCCUGGGUGGAAAUCUCAUGAAUUACCUUACAGAUGUUCACGGUGAACCAAAUGCAACCGCCGCAAAGAACGUCAACACUUGGUUUGGCGUCUCCGCGCUCUUACCUUUGUUGGGAGCCUUCAUCGCCGACUCUUACCUCGGCCGCUUCAAGACCAUCCUUGUCUCUUCAGUUAUCUAUUUCAUGGGGAUGAUUUUAUUGGUCUUAGCAGUCUCAGUAAUUCAUGGCCAUAAAUCUGUAUUUUUCGUAGCGCUAUACACACUAGCAAUUGCCGAAGGUGGGCACAAGCCUUGCGUGCAAACCUUCGCCGCUGAUCAGUUUGAUGACAGCAAUCCUGAAGAGAGAGCCGCCAAAAGCUCUUUCUUCAACUGGUGGUUCUUAGGAAUAGUCACCGGCGCCUGUGCUGCAAUAUUGGUCAUCAUUUACAUCCAGGAGAAUGUUGGGUGGGCAGCAGGGUUCGGUGUGCUGGCAGGGAUAUUGGCAAUGGCAUUAAUAUUGUUCUUAGUUGGAUUUAACAAGUACAGGAUUGACAAGAAAAGCAUCAAGGGGAGCCCAUAUACCAAAGUGGUACAAGUGAUCGUCGCAGCCGCGCGGAAGUGGCGCGUGAGCGAGACCCGUGAUGGUUGUGGUGUUUGCUACGAAGAUGAUGGUGGACAACCACAAUCCAAAGGAAGAAUUCGCCAACGUACCAACAAACUUAGAUUUUUGGAGAAGGCGAUGAUCAUUGACGAUAUCGAUUCCUCAAGCAAAUGCCGGAAUCCAUGGAGGCUAUGCUCACAAAACCAAGUGGAGCAAGUGAAAAUGGUGAUAAGUCUCAUCCCCGUAUGGAUAAGUUGCAUAAUGUUCUUUGCUGUACAAGAACAAAUCCAUACAUUUAUGACAAAGCAAGGUGGUACAGUAAACAGAUCAAUUGGACCUCACUUUCUAAUCCCCCCAGCAGCACUUCAAAGCCUAGUAGGCGUCGCCAUCCUUAUCACCAUCCCCAUUUACGAUCGAAUCUUUGUCCCUCUAGCACGAAAAUUCACCGGAAUUCCCUCUGGAAUAACCAUGCUACAAAGAAUCGGCAUAGGCUUAUUUUUAUCCAUACUUAACAUGAGUGUAGCAGCUCUAGUAGAGACCAAAAGGCUCAACAUUGCAAGAGAAAAUGGCCUCAUGGACUCACCCAAAACAGCAUUGCCAAUGAGCCUCUGGUGGCUAGUCCCUCAGUAUAUGAUUUGUGGAAUUUCCGAUGCCUUCUCCGUUGUCGGAUUGCAAGAACUUUUCUAUGAUCAAAUGCCGGAGGAAAUGAGAAGCAUGGGGGCUGCAGCUUACAUAUCUAUAGUUGGAGUGGGAAACUUUCUCAACUCAGCUAUCAUAUCAGCUGUUCAGAAUAUAAACUCGAGAAAUGGUGGGCAGAAAUGGAUUGGUAACAAUCUAAAUCGAUCACAUCUUGACUAUUUUUAUUGGACAAUGGCAGGGCUGAGUGCUUUGAAUUUCUGUGGUUAUUUAUGGAUUGCAAAGGCGUAUGUCUACAAAAACGUUGCUCAGGAAGAACCACAGGAGGAGAAAGAAUUGAUGGGGUUCUAUGAUCUCCCACCUGAGAAGAUGAAAUCGCAGGACCAUGUAUAAUGUACUUAUCACAAAACAGUGAUAAAAAACACUUAUGCAAGGCUUUAAUGUUGGAGAAAUCAAUUAGUUACUUAGCAUAGUGUUUUUAAUAUAUAAAAGUUUUUCAAAUGAAAGUUUAUCGUACUGUAUGUAUUCAAAUUUAUGUAAUCUGGAUUUUCACUCCAAACUUAUUUGAUUUAA